GGGAAGACGGCGACGGGGCUCCCGGGGCCGGGCAACCGCCCAGCCCCGGCCCGGAGAGGGCCCCGACAGAAGAGAGCGCAAAUGCUAUGGAAUGGGAGCAGCUGCCAACAGAGACGUGGCGACAAGUGACCAUUCGCCGAGACCCUAUAUAUGGCUUUGGCUUCGUGGCUGGCAGUGAGCGGCCCAUGGUGGUGCGAUCUGUGAGGCCAGGAGGCCCCUCUGAGGACAAGCUCCUGGCUGGUGACCAGAUUGUGGCUAUUAAUGAGGAGGACGUGAGUGAAGCCCCCAGGGAGAGGUUCAUAGACCUCAUCAGGAGCGCUAAGGAAUUCAUCGUUCUUACAGUUCUGCACACUCAUCAGCACCUGGAAGAGCACUUGCCACAGACUAAGCAUUCAAUAAGGAUGUGUUGAAGGAAUAAAGAAAACCCAGCUUCCAGCCAUCAUGGCAACCCAAACUCAUGUAUCCAAACGUAGGUGCAGAAUGAAGAGCCUAACGCUGCCCCCCACCUCUGUUCCAGCUCUCAUCCCGGUGCCCCCAACACCCCACUGCCCUCCAGUUCUGAUGUCCCCACUGUCCAAUCCCACGGCCUCUUUGCUAUGACCAGGCUGCUUUCCUUUUCUCCCUGGUCCAGAUCUUAGUUCUUACAGCCCUGCCGGCUUCUGUCCUUGUACGGCUCCACCCUUCUUCUAAACAGGUCUGUGUCCUUUAAGACCUGGCUCGAGACUCUUCCAAACACCUCUGCCUGACUAACCUCAGUGAGAGUUUCUCAUUUGGUUGCCUGUUCAGCAAACACCUAUUGAAUACCUACCAUUCGAGGUGCUCUUCUAAGCUAGGAACAUGGCGGUGCCCGGGACAAACAUGGUUCCUAUCCUCACAGAGCUUACACUCUAGUACUUGGCCUUACGCUUUCGAAACCCUUGGAGCAUAGAAGUGAGCACACACACACAGGGGCGAUAGUCGAAACAAUUAACCUGUAUAGUCGAAGCCAUUCGCUCAUAAUGUAAGCCAGCCAUGGGCACUGGAGCAGAGUCUUGGAGGCCUCCUGACUGUGCCAGGUGUUAACCCUUCAGAUGACCACUGGUAAAGAGGUCCCAUGGGAGAGGUCCCAUGGCACCCAGGAAGCUUAGGGCAGUGGCUGCUUCCCAAUCAGUGUGAAAGAAACCCUCACAACAGGUAUAGCCAUACCAGUGCAUUCUAAGUGAAUGUCAGCCUUGCAUACAUGCAUAGUCGAUCCUCACUAUUCACAGAUUCUGUGUGAGCAAGUUCACCUACUCCCUAAAGUGUAUUUGCAACCCCCAAGUCGAGACCCGUGGUGCUUUCCUGGUCACUUGCGGACAUAAGCGGAGCAUGAAAAAUUUGAGUCUCCUAAUGCACAUGUUGCCAGCUGAGCUCAAAGACGGCAGCGCUCUGCCAUCUUGUUUCAGCUGUCACACGGAGGUGUCCAGAGAUAGAGAUGGCAGGGAGCAGUGCGGUAUAAUGCAAGAAGCUCGGGCUCUGGAACAGUUGGAUGGGAUUUGAAUCCCAACUGUGGCACCUGUUAGUGGGGCGGCCUCAGGCAAGUCACUGAACACUUCAGAACUUCAUUCUCUCCUAGUGAAAUAAAAUAGAAUCUACCAGGAUGAGUUGUUUUUAGAAUUCAGAAUUAUGGGCGCCUGGGUGGCUCAGUUGGU